ACUGCUGGAGGCUGAUCGGGAACUUCAGGAAUGGCGCAAGACUUGCAACUCCAUCCGGGCAAAAUACUGAUGCAAACGCCAUCCACACAUGCUUAGGGUUUUGAGUAAAUGCUUGUCUGUGCCGUGAAUCAUCUGUAAAGUGGGUAAUUGUAUAACGACAGCAUGACUCCGUGAUUUGUAAGGGAAUUCAACAACUCGUCGCCAAAGUUUUUUUUGCCGCUAACCUGCUCGGUUCUCCAGGUUUUAUUUGCCAAAGUUAUGUCAUCUCUGAUGCUGUGAAGUUUGCUGCAGAUAAGCAAACACACCACACACACCUGCUGCUGGAGUUUCUGUAGAGACACAUCUGGAUUAAUCUUCCCUCUCUGGAUUAAACAUGAAAGUGACAGUGACUUUUGGAAGAACUGGUGUUGUUGUCCCUUGUAAGGAAGGAUGGACAGUGCGGGAUCUCAUCCAGCAAGCCACACAGAGAUAUAGAAAACUACUGGAGCAGGAGGGGGAUUUCCUGGUACGAACCCAUCAUGUUGAGUACUGUGAUGGGGGAAUUCUGGACCCUGAUGAUGUGCUAACAGACCUGGUAGAGGACAAGGACAAGCUGAUCGCUGUAUACGAGGAACAGGAGGCCCAGCAAAGGGGCGCCAUGAGUCCCAGGAAUGGAUCUGGAACAAGAAGCAGCCUAACAGGCCAAUCCAGCCCAGAACCCUACGACUCUGAACUCGCCUGCUUCCAACCAAUCAAAGGAGGAGAGAUCGAAGUCACCUCUUCUGCCCUCAAGUCCAGUACUCCUCUACUAGUGCGCAGCAGCAGUGAUUCCGCUCUUGGAGCUUCUCAGAUGGAAGAUAUGAACGGCAGAGCGAUGGGGAUACAUGUACAGGCUGACAUGGACUUUACAGCUGAGGUGACCGGUAACAAGUCUGGCCCUUUCACUAACAACCUCACAAAGACGGUGGAGAUUUCUGGAGAACAAGGGCCUUUAGGAAUACACGUGGUGCCGUAUUGCUCCUCUCUCAGCGGAAGGCCUCUGGGUCUUCACAUUCGAGGGGUGGAGGAGAACAGUCGCUCCAAACGGGAAGGCAUCUUUCAGGACGAUGAGUGUAUCGUUAAAAUUAAUGAUACUGAAUUAAUGGACAAGUCUUUUUCACAAGCUCAGGAAGUUUUCCGGCAAGCCAUGCGUUCGUCCAUCGUUCGUUUAGAAGUGGUUCCGGUCUUUAAUAAAGAACGCUUUGAGAAGAGUGUGAUCAGCCACCUGUUCAACCCAGAAACCCCUGACGCAUCCGCACGGACCAAAGAACCUCCGCCGCUGAAGGUGAAGCCCAUGGUGAGGCCUGUAGAGUCUUCCGCGGGAUGGCAAGCAGAAUUUCAGGAGUCCAGCAGUAGUCUUGAGAGUCGAUCUUUUGGCUCUCCAUUACCCAUCAGCCUCUCUCCCACACCCAGAGGCAAGAGUGUUGAAAGCUCCAUCCUGAAAAACAGCCUGGCUCCAUCGCCUCUACAGAACCACAACAAGAAGGGUGGAAAGAGACUCAAAAUCGACCUUAAAAAAGGUCCUGAAGGUCUGGGCUUCACCGUUGUGACAAGAGACUCCUCUGUACAUGGCCCAGGCCCCAUCCUUGUCAAAAACAUCCUACCCCGAGGAGCUGCUGUCAAAGAUGGCCGCCUUCAGUCAGGUGACCGCAUCCUAGAAGUGAAUGGUGUGGACAUCGCCGGACGCUCUCAGGAGGAACUGGUGGCCAUGUUACGCAGUACUAAGCAGGGGGACAGCGUGUGUCUGGUUGUGGCCAGACAGGAAGACAUGUUUCUUCCUCGUGAGCUGAAAGAGGAGCAGGCCCGCUUGCUGCUGUCAGAGGAAGGGAAGGAGCAGCUGAUGUUUGAGGUCCCUCUCAAUGACUCUGGCUCCGCUGGGUUAGGGGUCAGUCUGAAGGGUAAUAAGUCCCGUGAGACUGGCGAGGACCUGGGCAUCUUUAUUAAGUCCAUCAUCCAUGGAGGAGCAGCUUUUAAGGAUGGACGUCUACGUAUCAAUGACCAGCUGAUUGCUGUUAAUGGUGAGCCACUCUUGGGGAAGUCCAACCAUGAGGCCAUGGAGACUCUGCGGAGAUCAAUGUCCAUGGAGGGGAACCUGAGAGGAAUGAUCCAGUUGGUGGUUCUCCGUUCUGUACUACCACCUAGCCAGGAGUUCCAGGAAGCACGGCGAAUUCUCAAUCGAUCCUUUGAUAGCUGCGUGGGGCAGGCGGCGCACCUCGGCCAAUCAGACGCCGGUGUUCAGCCCCCCAUGGUGAUGAACAGCAUCUAUGAGCGAUGUGCGGUUUCAAAUGGGGGAUACAGUCAUACGGAAGAGGGGGAUGAUGAAGGCUUCACUGCUAAUCCUUACAGACAGAACAGCCUCCAGCUCCAGCAGAGCCUCCUGAGUUCAGCUGAUUCAUCUUUGACUGAUGGAGGUCAGCAGGUUCAUGCGGAGCAGAAUCAUGUGAAGUCAUUGAAGAGUGUGGAUCUGGUGAGCGGUGGGGUGGUGUUGGGCCCCACGUUAGGCCUGAAGAAGUCCAGCUCACUAGAGAGUCUACAGACUGCAAUGACCGAGGCCAAAAAGAAUGAGCUGCUGCCCUUCCACAGGCCCCGCCCACAUAUAGUGAGAGGGCGGGGCUGCAACGAGAGCUUCCGUGCAGCAAUCGACAAAUCAUACGACGGACCGCCAGAGGACGAUGACGAUGAGGGGUCAGAGCAAAGCUCUGGACGAGACACUCCAGCCAGUGGCUCCUCCAGACAAGGUGCGGGAGACAAUGAGGAGAACAAGAAAGACAAAAAGAAAAAGGCCAAAAGCAAGAAGAAAGAGAAGAUGAAAAGCAAAGGAAAGGAGAAGGAGAAAAAGAAAUCAGAGGAGGUCGGUGAUGAGUUGGAUAAGAAGACCAAGAAGAAAGGAUUCGGAUUGCUGAGAUUCGGAAAGAAAAAGGAAGAGAAGAGCAAGUCGGAGACAAAAAUGAAUGCGCUGAAGCAGACGGCAGAGAUUCUGAGCGAGGAGGAGUUGGAGAGGAUGAAGGAAGAAAGAGAAAGAAUUGAGGCCAAACACCAGGAAUUGAGGGAGCGCCAGGUUCGAGAUCGCUUCUCCCCUCCUGAUUUGGAGGACGAUGACCUGGACCCAAACUACGCUCGCAUCAACAACUUCAAGGAGCGUGGAUCACCUUCUCAGCCACUCUACGGGAACCGCAGCCCCUCCCCGCAGAGACCCCCGGCCCCAGUGUCCCACAGCAGAGAACCAUCUACUGAAGACCCACUGGAUGGCCUGUAUGCCAAAGUCAACAAACAACGGAGCCCUCCACCUCCUGCUGCGGACAGCAGUAUGGACCGUAUCCAGCAGCUGAGGAGGGAGUAUCUUCAGGCUCGUCGAGAAGGAACAGCUCCAGCAUAUGAGGAGCUGGAGGCCCGACGAAGAGGAGCUGAGCAUGACCCACACAGAAUGCCGGUGAGAAACCCUGACCCCAGACUGGCACCCCGCUAUGAGGACGUCGAGCGACAGUAUGCCUCCCUGCCCAGAAGAGCACCAGUUGACCCUAUGGAGUAUCCAGUGCAGCAGUGGUCAGCACACAGAGACCCAGCACAAUACCCAAAUCCUCAGUCAGGCUACCACCCCGGCUACCCUCCUCUUCCCAGAGAGACCUAUCCUCGCCCACUGGACCCUCGUCAGGGCGACGCCGGCUUCUACCACCCUCUUCCACAGCAGAGAGGUCCACUUCGACAGGAUGUCCCCCCAUCUCCCACCAUACCCAUCAGAGGCCCUCGUUUUGACACCAUGAACCGCGGCGGCUACCGAAACACCAGCCCAGAGCGAUACGCCUACGGAGAGCCUCGACACUCCGACCCAAGACAGAAGAGUCCCAUGACGGCAGCUGUUUAACACAAUCAUUCCUUUUCCAAUGUAUGAAGUUUCUGGAACAAACACCAAACACAACCACCAUUACCUACAGGUGUUUACAUGCUUCUACUAACAGUUUUGCCUUGAUAGCCAAAGCUGCGUCUUAGGGUUUUGACACAGCUUUCGAUCAUAUGUAACUCAGACGGUCCCUCCAUAUGUUCAUGUGUCUGUAGGACGAAUGUUGGCUCUCAGAUGAUUGGCAAGAUCCAGAUAUAAACCCAUUCCAGAACCACUUUUAUUGGCGCAAUCUUUACAUCUGUCAUUUCAAACUGUGUCAUACGUGUGCUAAUGUGUGUCUGCUUGUGUAUAAAUCUUUAAAAGGAUAGAUCGCUUAACAAUGAACGUUUUUUGCUGGUAAUUUACUCACUCUCAAGCCAUUUGAAAAGGAUAGUUCACCUAAAAUUCAUCAUUUUACAUGCGGUAACACUUUAAAGUAAGAGCACAUGAAUAAUGAUGCGUUAAUAUGCAAACUGAGCAUUACUUUAUUAUGAACUCAGGAUGAGUUAAUGCAUGUGCUAAUCAUCAACUAACGUUAACGACAACAUAAUUGACAUGAGUUCAUGAGUGAAUUACGACUACUACUUAUUAGUACAUGAUUGUUUGCUAAUUAUUUUAUUAAUUACCACAUUAGUUUAUGUUUAAUUUAACCAUCAUGAACUCAUGAUAAGUUAAAGUAUAAUUAUAUCAUGACUUUACUUGGAGGGGCACAUCAUUAUUAACCCAUUCUUAACUACACAUGAACUCAUUCACGUCCAACUAGUGCGUUUACACCGAAUAAUAGAAAAGUGCUCUGUCAACAUCAACAUGAACAGUUUAAACACGGGAGUUCAUGAGUAGUUAUGGAUGAGUUAAUGGUGAUGUUCCCCUCCAAGUAAAGUCAUGACAUAAUCAUACAUUAAGAGCUCAUGAGUUGGUUACAUUUAGCUUAGUCUUAGCACAUUAAUUAACAACAUGUUCUGACAAGUAAUUAAGGUAGCCAUUAUUUACUCAUAAACUCACUAUUGUGACUCAUGGUGUAGUUUAACAUGUUGUAGUUUACCGUGUUUGUAAUUUAGUUCUUGAUUAGCGCAUGUAUUAACUCAUCAUUAUUCAUAAUAAAGUAAUGUUUAGUUUAUAUAUUAAUGCAUCAUUAUUCAUGUACUAUUAUUGUAAAGUGUUAACGCUCAUCCUUAUGUGGUUCCAAUACGUUAUGGGUUUCUUUAUGGAUAUUUUGAAGAAAACUGAAAACCUAUAUCCAUGGACUUACUGUACAUAGUAGGAGAUACAAUACUAUGGAAUUUGAUGGUUACAGUUUUUUGGCUUUCUUCAAAAUAUAGUUUUUUCUGUUCAACAGAAGAAAGACAAAGAGUACAAGUGUAGAGUGAGCCAAUGAUGACAAUUUUCAUUUUUGGAUGAACUGGUCCUUAAAGAUACAGGUGAAUGUUUUAGGAUGUUCUAGAACAGGGGUGUACAAGCUCGGUCCUGGAGGGCCAGUGUCCUGCACAGUUUAGCUCCAACUUCCUUUAACACACCCGCCUGGAAGUUUCUAGUGCAGUGUUUCCCAACCCUGUUCCUGAAGGCACACCAACAGUCCACAUUUUCAACCUCUCCCUAAUCAAUCACACCUGAAUCAACUCAUCAGAACAUUAGAAGAGGCUCCAAAAUCUGAAGUUAAUGGGUCAGAUAAAAGAAACACCGAAAAUAUGUACUGUUAGUGUGCCUCCAGGAACAGGGUUGGGAAACACUGUUCUAGUGUACCCAGAAAGAGCUUGAUUAGCUGGUUCAGGUGUGUUUAAUUGGGGUUGGAACUAAAAUAUGCAGGACACCGGCCCUCCAGGACCGAGUUUGGACACCUCUGUUCUAGAAUGUUGAAACUAUGGUCUUUAGUGACUCAUAAAGGCACAUCACAAGCUCUUCAAAAGUCAAAACACAUAUACAGGCAAAACUAAUUUAAUACAAUGAUUUAAUACUUUGACAUCUUAUUAAGAGUAACGUAACAUUGUUUAUAACAUUAUUAUCUUUAAUCCACAGCCUCAGCAAACAGUUUUAUAGUGCGUCCGUGUAUUUCAAACAUUAGGAAUUUGAGUUGCUGUGGAUUACAGCUUAUAAUGUGAAUUAAAGAAAAAUGGAUUCUUUUUUUCACAGAUUGAUUGUUUUGCUUCAUAAGACAUCAAUGUAUCAUUGAGAGCCAUGAGUAUUCAUUUAGUUUUUCUAUAUAUGUGAUUUGUGUUUCAAAAUGCAGGUAGCCGUUAUCUUGCAUUUAAUAAAUCACUAAGUAUCACAGUUUCAGCUUAAACAUAUUGUAACAAAAGUGUGUGAAGGUGAGUAAAUUAACAUCCAAUUUUGGUAAGACUUGAUGGUCCCUAUUACACAUUUUGUUGACUAAAAGUUGCAUUGCAACUACAUGCCAAUUACUUCUCAUUUGAGUAUUAGUAGACUGUGUCCUUAAUAUCUGCUGAUACUGCUCCUUCAACAUUUAACUGACAAUGAGAGACGUUGCAAGUAGAUGUCAACUUACUCUAACCCUAACCUCAACCUAACAGCCUACGUAUAAUCUAUUGAGAAUUACUUGGUAUAUAGAUGCAAUGUAAAUCAAAUUCAACAAAAUGCAUUAAAGAGACCAUUACAAUAAAGUGAGAUCCAAAUUUUUAGUAGAACUCAAUUUACGCUUAAUUUUGAAUUUGUAUUACAGAAGAACAUUAACUCAUUGAAUGAGAUGUAAAUGAACAUGCCACUCUUACAGCAUUUGCGUUUACAGCACAUAGAUCCAUAGCAAAAAUAUAAGAGCAAUUUUGCUGAAAAUCUCAAGAGUGUUUUGUUUAAAAAAAAAAACAAAAAAAAAAAGCAACAAUUCGCAAACCAUGAUAACUGCCCGUAUGUGAAGUCGUAUAAACAGAGGAAGAUGAAGAAUAAGGGGUUGUUUUUCAGGAAAAGGAAAGGAGAGUCCAAAGCACCUCUGACACAGAGGAAGGAUGAGAACCGCACGUCUUCCUGGGCUUACAAUGAAUGAUCCCACCUGAAUCUACACCUACUGCAUGAAUGUGUCCCCUUUCAAAAAUGGGGUUUGUUUUAAAAAAUCAUUAUAUAUAUAUGUAUAUCAUUCCAUUUAUGUUUAAUGGUUUUUCAUGUAUUUUGGUACUGAAGACUCUCUCUGCAUUCAGAGUUCAGGUAACAUGAUAAAUAAAAGUAUUAUUGAUCGUAGUAAGCGAUAAUCAUGUCAAAUGUAGCGUUUUACCAAACAGAAUGAUCUGUGCACCUAUUACAUUAACACCAUGUACAAAAAUGUUGUCUUUUAUAUAACACAUUUUCAAUAAAUAUGCAUUUGAAACUCA